GUCAGCGUCAGACGUAUACGCAAGUCAGCGCUUUAGCACGUAUAAAUAAAAGUAACGCAAUUUAACGAACAUUCUGCCAAGUUCAGUGAAACAGUAAAAGUGUGUGCCGCGCAUAUUUCGCAAUUAACCAAGAUAAGCUACGAAUUCUUUAUACACAUAUAAAAGACAACAUGGAAGGACUGACACGCGCAUUAAAUUACGAGCAGUCGCAUGAUCUGCACUUCGAUCAUUUCGGUGGCAGCAGCGCUCAACAAAUACUCGACAGCGGCAAACACGCAGCAGCAGCAGCAGAGGCAUCCACACCCACGAUCAGCACAUUGGACGCUUUGGCCAAUAGCGAUUUUCUGCAAAAGAUUGGAGCCACCAUAUUCAAUUCGAUUCAGUUGCAACAGCAAAAACUUCACGAGGCACAAACGCAUAAUUCCAGCGAAUUCCAUCCAAUGGAUUUCGAUUUCGCCGCCAAUCACGUCGUGCUAGAUAGCAGCAGCGUGGAUCAGCUACAGCAGCAGAUCGAGAAGGACAAGUUCAUGAACGAGCUAUGGAUUGGCAUUGUCUUUACGCUAAUUCUCAUCUCGCUGGUCUUUUGCAUUUGCUCCUGCUUCCUCUAUCAUCAGUUUCGCACCUGGAAACGCAAUUAUCGCAACAAUGCAAAUGGCUCAAUGCAUUGCACCACUGUGGACAUUGAGGCAUGCAAAAUGCAGCCGGAUGCGGAAGAUCCUGUGCCUGAGUACACUUUGGUCUCCGGUCUGCCCAGCUAUGAGGCAGCUCUCGAGCUGCUGCACAAGUCGCCGCCGUCUUCGUGCUUGAUUGUCUAUCCAAGCGUGUUUAAUGUAUUCAAUAAGCAUGAAAGAGUCGGCACGGAUGCCACAGCAGCAGCCACAGCCACAGCAACAACAACAACAGCAGCAGCAGCAACACAGAGCGAGGCAUUGCCAUUGCUACCAGCAACAACAGCAGCAACAACAGCCGCAGCCGCAGCCGCAGCAGCAACAGCUUUAGCGACGCCCACAUGCGAAAGCAUUAAGCCCAAUUUUGUCUUUUGCCCAAGCUACGCGGAGGUAUUUGGCUAUAAGAGCAGCGACGAGAAGAAGAAAUCAUCACGAACUCAGCAGAGCCAAAACUGCAAUGCAAAUCAAACGAAAGGCGACAAAUGCUGAGGAGAGCGUAUCUCAUAGAUACAAUUGAUACUAGCCAAAUGUGCUCUGUGAUAUUUACAACUGUUUGUUGCUCAAGCUAAAACAUAUAUAAACGAUUAAACUAAGCGCUGUGAUUAUAGAGUGAGAGCUACAAAAUGAACUCGCAAAGAUUUCCUCAGUUACUUAUUAACUAGUUACUUAAGUAGUUUCAAACAAAUGACUCAUUAAAAAUAUAU